GUCAUAAGUACUGAAAAGAAAACAGAAAUUUUAUAAACAUUAAUAAAUAAUGGAUAAUAUGAGUUUAAAAGAAAUACAAAGCAAGCUAUUGCUUUGGGAGGCAUCGGAAAAUGCUCUAGCGCCUUUAACAUCCGAUCAAAGAGAAGCAAUACUUGAUUUAGAGUCGUUAAUACUAGGCGGAUCAACUGACAUAGAUAAUGAGAAAGCACAAGUUAAAGACUCUGAAGAGGUAGAGAGAGCUAUGCCCCCUGUGGACACGACUUAUGAUUUCCUAGAGUGGUAUGAGAGCCUCUGUGAUGGUAAUCUGAAGGCUGACGAUACACCGUAUGAAGCUUAUCACAAACAACUGAGUGACCGGCGAAAUGAAUGUGUAGCUUUGACUGACCAGAUCGGUGCCACCAUGUCGGAUCUAGAGAAACUGUCAGAGCAAUACAACUUUGUAUCAAAUAAAACAAAUGCAUUACACAUGAUGAGUGAACAACUGCUCGCUGAUCAGAACAAGUUGUCCAGUAUUGGUGACGAAAUCAAGCAGAAGCUGCACUACUUUACACAAGUGGAACAUUUGUCACAGAGGUUGAAUAGCCCGACAAUGUCUGUGAACAGUGAGACAUUCUUCAAUGUGCUGGCUAAGAUUGAUGAGUGCUUGGAGUACAUGAGGAAUAAUAACAACUUCAAGGAAUCCCACACAUAUCUGGUAAAGUACCGUCACCUUCAAAACCGCGCCAUCUCUCUCGUCCGCUCCUACGUCACACACGUGCUGAACCACGCCACGGAACAAAUGCUGGCGCCCAAGGAAGACGAGCAGAACGACCAGGAGAGCAUGGAUACCGCUUAUGCAGUGUAUUUCGGUAAAUUUCAAGCGGCGGCACCUAAACUAAGGAUGGUUAUCAGUGAGAUUGAAGCGAGGGCUGAGAAGAAUGAUGACUACGCUUCCCUUCUGAGCGACAUCCAACGUGAGUACGCCCAGCGUAGGUCUCGCGUAGCGGGCGCGGCUACGGGCGGCGCGCUACGAGCGGCCGCUGACAAACAGCUACGCGACCACUGCUCACUGGCGCGGGCCGCCUGCUCGCUACUGGCUCAUGCCUGCAGGGACGAAUGCGCUUUGUACAACCACUUCUUUUCUAACACGUCACCGGCGCUAGAUGAGUACCUGCAAUCACUCUGCACCGGGUUGUAUGAAACGUUACGGCCUCACAUCAUACAUAUCAACCACUUGGAGACCCUUGCAGAGCUCUGCGUCAUACUCAGGGUAGAAGUCAUUGAAGAACAGGUCAAUAAUGAUCCGGCGCGGCUGUGCGCGCUGGGCAGGUGCGCGCGCGCGCUGCUGGCGGACGCGCAGGAGCGCCUCGUGUUCCGCGCGCACGUGCACCUGCGCGCCGACGUGCUGCACUACCGGCCCGCGCUCGGGGACCUCGCCUACCCCGCCAAGCUGCUCAUGAUGGAGCAAAUCGCGAUGUCCAUCCAAGAGCAAUCACUAAAGCGGAGUGACUCCCGCAACUCAAUGGUGUCCGAUAUAUCAGCAACAUCGCAAGAGGUGGCCAACAUCAACGUAGAAGCCCAGAGAAGGCCCCAGGCCUCUCCUGCAGACCUGCACGGGAUGUGGUACCCGGGCGUUAGGCGAACUCUAGCCGCACUCUCCCGGCUCUACCGCUGUCUAGAAAAGAAAGUCUUCCAAGGAUUAGCUCAAGAAGCGAUAUCCCUAUGCAUCCAAUCCGUUGAUAAUGCUACCAAACAAAUAUCAGCCAACACAACUAGUAUCGAUGGCGAACUCUUCCAGAUAAAACAUCUUCUGAUCCUCAGAGAACAGAUUGCGCCUUUUCAGGUUGAUUUCAUAGUCAAAGAGACAACUUUAGAUUUUACAAAUAUGAAAAAUGCAGCGUAUGGCUUGAUGCAGAAACCGCGGCAAAUAUUUUCACUGAAUAGUAAUAAUGCGCUCUUAGAGUUCUUGUUGGAUGGUACCUUGUUGGUUCGGGAACAUCUGCUAGAUUCGAGGAAGGAGGUUGAUAGGCAGCUCAAGUAUUGCUGUGAACUGUUCAUCAAGGAUGCCACAGAAAUCCUGGCUGGGCCUAUGAUCACUUUUAUUGAGAGGGCCCAAGCAUUUACUCCAAUAGAGCAGCUAAAGUCCCAGCCGUGGGCAACGCCUGAAGAAAUGGCGGUGGUCGUGAAAGAAGCGCAAAAGAGGAUUCGAGCACACCUCGCCCCGCUGCAACGGUCCAUGCAGCUGUAUCUAGCGAAUAAAGAGACCGAGUUCAUACUAUUCCGACCUAUAAGGAACAACGUGGUUGGCUACUUCGUACAAAUUGAACAGCUGAUAACCAACGCGGGCUACUCCUACGAGGACACUCUUAUCGUGGCCUGUCCUACACCAGAGCAAGUCUCCGUCUUCAUAUCCUCAGCCAGCCUCAUCAGCCACAGCGAGCCAGUACAGCCGUACGGCACUAAGACCAAGCCAGGGGUUAUAAGGAAACCUAGCGUUACUAGUGUACCCGAGAAAGAGGAGACCGGUAAAGACUCUGCCACUAUUACCGUGUAGUAGAGAUAUGAUAAAUAGAAUACACUUUUUGAGGCUACCUGCCCAAGGAUCAGAGCCCGGUGGGGGAGCGGAAUUAUAGACCAAAAGGGUUACAUAACUAGUUAUUUGUACCGUUACACUGUAUGUUAUUAGUUUCGCUGAUUUAAUUAUAUGGUGUAGAAUAACGAAUAUAUACUAUUCUAUAAUAUAAUUCUGUUACUUCGCUCUAGAACCUUGCUUUGGUUCCAUGGACAGCUUUAAAGUUGCAUCAGCCAUAUUGGUUACGUCACUGGCGAAAAUAGGUCGGAUAUCGAUUAAGUUUUCUUUGGGCAUGGAAGGAUCCAUGUUGGAUAUGUUUCAUUCUAUGCUCUAGUAUUUUUUUUGAGUAUUUAAAGUCUAUUCUCCACCACUUCGUAAUUUGAUGAUGAAAUUAAGAAAAACCUUGACAAAAACAUUGUAUGUCUAUCAUGUUCAUUUUAAUCCUUUGAAUUUUUCUUAAAAUUAGUUUUGUGAAAAACAACCAGCCCACAUGUAACAUUGAUUUCACAGACUGAUUUCAACUGCAACACGAUUGAAGAAUGCUUUUUGAAGUCUUCUUUGGUAAGAAGUGUAUUCUAUUAUUUUCUGUAGGACAUAAUGUUCUGUAACUAUAUAACUAUGUAUAUACUACUCUUCUAGUAACUAUAAUACUAUGUUUUAGCUGUUACUUAGGUACCUAUGCUCAUGCAAAUAAAGUAAAUAACAUAUAUUUAAAAAAAACUCAUGUAUAUUUACAUAUUUAUUUUACUUAUUCGCCUAUAAUAAAUACAGAUUCAACCAA